GGAUUGUCCACGUGGAGUGAUGGGCGAAGAGAGAGAGAGUAGAGGAGGUAGAGGGAGGAGGGGGUUUACCAAAGCAAAGCAAAUAUCCGAGGAACUUCUCAGCGGAGCUCGAUAGGUGAACAGCUAUGGCGUCGGCAUCGCCGUCGGCGUUGUCGUCCUCCUGGCCUUCGUCUUGGACCGCUUCCCCUUGGGCCCAGCGGACGAUAUCCGGCGGUUCCACGUGGCCUCGUCGCGAUGGCCAUGCAAACAACACCCCACUUCGCGUUGUUGCACACGUUGAUAUGGAUUGCUUCUACGUCCAAGUGGAGCAGCGAAAACAGCCGCUUCUGCGAGGGAGACCGACAGCUGUCAAGCAGUAUAAUCCAUGGCUAGGAGGCGCAUUGAUUGCGGUGAGCUACGAGGCACGGAGAUAUGGCGUCACAAGGCACAUGCGUGGCGAUGAGGCGAAGCAGAAGUGUCCGGAACUCCAGUUGAUUCAAGUCCCGACAGCCCAUGGGAAAGCAGACCUGACAGACUAUCGGAAUGCCGGGGCUGAGGUAGUUGCGAUCUUGUCCAGGGCAGGCCCAUGUGAGCGAGCGUCCAUCGACGAGGCGUAUAUUGACUUGACAGACACUGUCCGUGCUCGGUUGAGUAGCAACCUAGAUGAUUUUCCACUUGAGGCACAGAAGACACACAUCGUCGGCCAGCCAGAAGGGGGAGAGGAGAACGCUGCAGCCCUGUGGCUGUGCAAUGCAGAAGAGAUCGGAGACCGUAUGUUGGCUUGUGCAGCAGUCAUCAUUGCCGAGCUUCGUCAGGUCAUUCUGACAGAAACACAGUUCACCUGCUCAGCAGGGAUCGCUCAUAACAAGAUGCUAGCGAAGCUUGCCAGUGGGAUGCACAAGCCUGCGCAGCAAACGUUGGUCCCCUCGUCUGGAGUGUUGCCUCUUCUCAAGUCGCUUCCGCUGAAGGACGUGAAGCAACUUGGUGGCAAGCUGGGGCGAUCCAUUGAGGCUGAUUUAGGAGUGCAGACUGCCGGAGAUCUUUGGUGUUUUUCAGAACAGCGUUUGCAGGAGAUGUAUGGGGCAAACACAGGGUCUUGGCUAUGGCAGGCGGUCAGAGGCUUGUAUGAUGAACCGGUUCAGGAACGGGUCCUUCCCAAAAGUCUCAGUUGUGGGAAGACCUUUCGAGGAAGGAAUACUCUCACAGAGAUGGAGAAGGUCACGACUAUCUUGUUUCACGUGUAUGAUGCUGCUUGGUUUCUGGAAUUCAAUAUCGCUAAUUUUCCUUGCAUUUUGGUAUCGGAGUUGUGGUCAGUAAGGGAUGCCACGAACGUUGUUGAGCGUCUGAUUUGUGUACCUAGAGUGCGUUAUGAUCCCCAGGUCUUACUCACCACUUACCUGAGGUGUCUUCCCAUAGAACUGUGGAACCAGUUGGCAGGUGAGGCCAUGAUCACAGUGCACAAGUUUCCCUCGUUCAGCAAGAAGGCCCUAGAUCUAGAGGCCAAGAUCAGGCAUGGGCACCAACCCACAACAGAUGGUAGGAAGAAGACGCUGCCUCCCAACUGGAAGGCGAAGGGUCACAUAAUGUUCGUCGAUAACGAUGGCUCAACCAUAGAGUUAGACGAUGACUUUCAGGAGGGAGUAGGGUCAGAGCCGGGCAGCGCGGAAGCUUCAGGGGGUGGAGCAGUCGCUGCCUCUGUGCAAAAAGCUGCAGAGCAGGGGGGACAGCUGCAGAGGACUUCUGGGAACCACUCAGAGGCAAACGGGCAAGCAGAGCAGCUGAACCGCGCUGCACAACACCUGCUGAGGCACUAUAUCAAGCCUAACCACAUGGACUGGGAUGAGAAACUUGCUCUCAUCGCCAGCCUCUACAACAACACUGUGCACAGCGCAACAGGGGUAAGCCCUAACAGUCUGCUACUGACCUUCAAGCCUAGACUGCGCCUAGACUUUCUACUACCUGAGAACCAGCCGACUGCUGCACCUGGCACCUUAGAAUUCGCCUAUCGAUAUGAACGUCUGAUGCAGCAAGCUGUAGAGCACAGGCAGCAAUGAAAGAGUCUGAGAACAAGCAUCGCCGUUCAUCUACAUUCCAGGUAGGGGAUAGAGUCUGGGUCAAAGCCUCUGAACUG